UGUGAGCGUGUUUACAUGAGACAACUCGUGCAGGGAGAAGCCAGCUUCAGUACGCGACCAAUUCACAUUGAUUUUCUCAGAAAACUAUGUGAGUUAAACAGUCGCCAAGAAGUUGGAUACUUUUUUCACAAGCCCCUGUCUACUGUACGAGUUGGGAGAUAGUUCAAGCGGCUUGUCAGAGAAAUAUCCCCUCACACAGCAUUUACACAGUGACGCCGAUACGCUAGUGCAACUGUCAGUGCCACUUUGGCGAACAUCGGACUGUGAGAGUGUGUGAAUGUCACCGGAUUAUAGUUGACCAGCAAUGUGGAUAGCCUACCAAACAUCAUGUUGACACACCUAGUGAUCCUCUGUUGCUGCGUCAUUUAUACAGCACAAUUGGAGAAGAAAUAUGAGGCAAAAGGUGUGGAACCAAGGUUUAAUGUUGUGGCGAAGAACGUGACAGUGGUGACAGGACAGACAGCGGUUCUACCCUGCUCCGUGGACUUCCUCGGGGAGUUUAAGGCAGGCAAGCCACGGGUUGUAUGGUUAGACCACAGAGACAAACUGCUGACAUUUGAAGAUCGUAGAAUCAUAGCUGAUGAAAGGAUUAGCCUGGAGAGACCAUAUGUGAAGGAAUGGAAUCUGCACAUUCGCAACGUGAAGCCCUCUGAUCAGGGAACUUACUCCUGCCAGAUCAACACCGAUCCUGUGCAAGUUCGUCCAAUCAGGCUGCAUGUUCAUGUUCCUGCGCGGAUUAAUCGUCAGCUGUCCACUGAUGACAUCACAGCCAAGGAAGGGGAAACAGUGUCGCUGGUGUGCAACGCGACAGGUGUCCCCUCGCCCACAGUCACGUGGUUCCGCAUACUCUCAGGGCUACGGGAUAAAUCCGAAGCUGGCAAAGAACGUAUUGGAGUGGAGGGCGAGGUGCUGCUGAUAUAUAAUGUGACACGCUACUGCGACGAUGUCUAUGAAUGUGUGGCCUUUAACAACGUCCCUCCAGCCGACAGCAAGAGGAUGAGAGUUAACGUGGAAUUUCCUCCUGAAAUUCGACUCCCCAAUAAAAAGAUUGGUCAGAGUCGAGGCAAGGAGACAAUUUUAGAAUGUAUAGUGCAAGCGUACCCUAUAGGCGUCACAGAGUGGAAACGGAAUGGGAAAAAGAUAGACCAGAGUUGGAAGUAUCGGUCCGAGGUGUAUGAAGACGAUCGUAUCACAAUUACAUUGAGUCUGCGAAUCAUGGACAUUGGGGUGGAGGAUUAUGGGAUCUACACGUGUGAAGCUGAAAACCUGUUGGGUGGGGAUGCAGAGGAGAUGCAGCUUUAUGAAUAUCCCAAGUAUAUACCACCUACAUCUACUCCCAGACCAACAACUACUCGCCUGAUAGACAGCGACAUUAAGACCCCCUACAUUCCUCCAACAUACAAGACAUUGGCGCCACACACAGAAUCUCCUCCUUAUAAAAUAGGUACUAACUGGAACUUGAAGAAAGAAAAUGGAUAUGGUGUUUCAGGAAAGGUGUAUGUUCAGGGGAGUGGUGCAGGAUGGCGGCCCCAGACAGGUGUGUGGGUGGUGAUUGUUGCUGUAUGUGUGCUGGCACUGACGAGGUGAUGAUGUACAUCGCAGGACUCCAGGACAUUCGGGGGCUGAAUGGACAACUUACCACCCGGCUUAAACUUACAUGCUCACUUCUGGCUGUUGACAAUGUUCAGCUGUUACUGUUACUUAUUGGGAUUGCCCUGUGAUUGGCACUCAUGUCAGUCUAUGAACUAGAUUACACAUGCACAGAUAUAUAUAUUAUCAUAUGCUGAUUUGAGUGAAUCAAGUCAAAUAGACGGUAUUGUGUGUCCUUCGUUGUCAGAAAUCAAAAAUCGAAUGGUAUAUAAUAAUUCCAGCAUGAUUUGAACAUUCAUCAGGCAUUGCAUGACGAAAGUUCUACUGAUGUGAUUGUGAUGUGAAAGUCAUUCAGUGUUGGUCUCUUUGCAUGGCUUUUAAGCCAAGACUGCUGGAGGCUGCAGAGACACUGGAGGAACACACACAGCUGGAUCAGGGCAAGUUCCUAGGAUCUCUCCAGGACCGCUGUUGUGAUUUUGGUCUGAAUCUACAACCAUCUUGACUGGUCAUCAUCUGCUGCCUGUAAUGACUGCCAAGCUUGACUUGUGUCAUGGAGUGUUGGUUGACUCUGACUGAAACAAAGAGGGGCUGUGUCUCAGGUUCCAUAACACCAUGAAACAAGCCAAAGCAUACGAGGGACAGUGUCUCUGGUUCUGUGAAGUGUAGGAAGGACUUUAUCUCUAACUCCAUAAUGCAAUGGAGAAAUGCCACAUGUGAGAUUGAUGCUACUUUGCUCUGUGACAGUUUCCUGUGCAUAUAUCUUUGUGAGAAGACCUACAAAAUUAUUUUAUGACGUAUGAUCUGAUGAAUGCACAUUAAUCAUCAACACACUGAAUCAAGAUGGUGAAUCUUGCAAUGUCUGCAGUGAAACAUCCUUGAGACAUCCAUAGGUGUAGAGUUUCAACAUGGAUACAUCUGAGAUCUGAUGCUGUUUGGGGUUUUCAAGGAUAAAGAAACCACAGGAUUAUUUUCAGCAUGACCAGAUUGAGUUGGUGUCACUGUUAGAACGAAUCAAGGAAUACAUCUGUAUGUUUCAGCAGUAGAAGGAGCUGAAACAUGACACUUGCAUGUACAUAUAACCGUGGUCACAAUGUCGUGUAUAUAUCUCAAUAUGGCAGAGACAUAGAUAGAUCCAGCAUAAUAUCAACUAUGAACUUCAAACGCUUCAUUGUAUCUGCUUCUGUGUGACAUGACCUGUUGCCAUGCAAUAUGACAUUAUCUUUGCCAUGUGUGGCAAUGACCUAUUGCUACUAUUUGUAUCCUGACUUAUUGCCAUGCAUUGUGACAUGACCUAUUCUUAUCCUAACUACAUAGGUUGUAUACUGACACACAGCUGCGGAUUCUGAUGGGAACAACACAACCUCUGUGACAACCAAUUUGGCCCCCAUAUCAAAGACCAGGGAAUAAGAGUUGUCUCCCUUGCAAGCCAAAGUUUUAUUAUUAAAUAUGGCUGACAACCGAAAUAGAAUUUUCAGAAUAUUGUGUAGUUAAACCUUUUGUGAUUAUGUGCAAUGAUAUUAUGUGUUCAUAUUCUUCUCUGUCUCAAUGUUGAUACAAACACAAUCAGCAUCAAUGGCUCAUGGGCUGUAUGUCAUGAGGUGACAUAGAAUUAUCUCCCUUGCAUUAGUGAUACAUUUAUAGCAUCGGAACAGAAAACUAAUUUUGUUGCAUGUAUAAUGUCUUAUCUCCAAUUGUCUAGUCAGAUAUGAUCCGAACAGAUGUAGUUCGUGAAUGCGCUGUGAUUUCUGGUAUUAUUUGGGGUUACUUACUCAGGACCACAAUAAUCAUAAUACACAUGUACAAGCGUUUGUACCCUUUCAUAUAGCUACUGACAUCUCUCACACAAAGGUUGCUGUAGAGGGUGUUAAGAACACUGUCUUUCAUAUGAAGACAAAGUUGACGUUUGGAUUUCAACUUUUUUAUUCAAAUUUAAAUACAGUCAAACACUGUUGAGUCGGACCGAAGUAAAUACUUUGAAUUAUACAAGGUUUGACAUAACUGAAAGUGAUAAGUAAAGAAGGAAUAAACAGAGACAAUCGUAAGUUCAGGACAUCGGUGUUUGACUAGUUGAAAUCCACAAGUCAACUCUUGUCUUCAUUGAAGUUUCUAAUUUGCCACUUAAAGUUACUGCCUUUCAUGUGAUUGUAGCUCCAUUAAAGGAAGCCAUCUAUCAAUAUCCACAGACUUGAGUCAAUGUAUCUCUCAAAACAAACCAGCUAUUUGGAUAAACAUUCCUGUUUCUUUUAUACAGCAGUAGAUUGUACUGUUUUCGCUUUGACGAAAAUCAAAAAUCAAAACUUAUUGUCUGUGCUAAUGAUACAUUUAAGCCUAUAAGUAGCUGUAGUAGUUUGGACAUCUUGGCUGUGUGUAUCUGAACACUUGGUACAAGGACUUUGGGUAGAAAAGUACCAUGAUGCUAAUAAUCAGCACCAUAAAUGUAGUCUUAGAUUUGGGACUAUGCACCACUUGGAAUGAGUGCUACAGUAAACUACAGUUAUAAAGAACUCAGAGGGACUACUAAUUUUAGUUCAUUUUAUCCGUCGUUCGUCAUACGCAUUUUGACGUCGGACAUGUAUGGUUCUGCAGUGUAAGCUCAUCUGUUGAUAGUUUCUGCAUCACUUGCUGUGGCUUAGUGUAUGUAGUGAAAUGUGACAUUACUGUAAAGGUGCACACUCCAGUCCCCUGCCAGUCUCAUGCAUAUAGCUUGAUGAGCCCACCAUGGAACAACCAUGUUACCACCAUUUCACAGAAAUCAAAAUGUUUCACCUGAAAAGUACCUGGCGUGGUCACUGUCUAAGUGCUGGCUUGGUAUGGUAGUGACAAGAUUAGGAAAUGUUUUACCAAUCAAACACAGGUGUAGAUUGUAUUGAUCCAGCCUAAGCCGAAAUUUAGCGGAAGUCAAUCUCAGUGGUCCUUUUUGUAUUCAUUGUCCUGUAUUAUCCUACUUAGCAGCUUAUCAGUGUCUUCAUAAGAUUGUUCAAUGGCACCAGACCAAUUUAAAAAUUAUUUGUUUCACAUUUUUAAUGUCAAAAUUACAAAAUUAAUGUGAAUCUUGUUGUAGAAUUUAUGGAAAUUUGCAGACCUUAAAAUGCAAUGUUUUGAACAUGUGACAGAUCUGUAAAACAAGAAAUUAAUUUAGUCUGGCUUGGGGAAACAAAAGCAUUAUUGUGAUGCAUUUUUUAGCAGUGUAGCACGAAGGCAAAAAGAAUUUGUUCUGUCUCCUACCUAGGUACCAAUGAAGCAGAUUGUCAAAUGAUGUUGAUUGCAUAACAGGAGUAAUGAUGAGAUGGUCGUAAACUUCUUUUCAUAAAUCAUAUAUUAUACAACAUAAUUAUAUUCAGAAUUGCUUCCCUUAGUGGUGCCAGGAUCAGCUGAUAGCAGGUUUGAUGAUCCUAGAUCUGUCAGUUGUGAAUGUCAGUUGCCUAAGUUUCUUUGAACUUUCCUCCUACAUGAAACCAGAUACCGGUUAUAUGAGUGAAACCAAACUCACUCACUCACUCACCCACCGGGUUAAUGUGACAAGGCCUGAUCAAGGAUGGAAUGAUGCACCUUCACAUGCAUCCUCUGUCAUCACAGCAUCAGGGUUUGUUUUGCAUUCUUGACAGUAUUUAUUCAUCCUGAAAGCAUUGACCUUAAAGAGGUCCUUCAUCAAGUUUGUCAGUCGUUCAGUACAUCAAGUGUGAAUGAGUUGUCUCCGUGUGAAAGACAUUUUAUCUCAUUUUUAAUGUUUUAAAUUGUUGGGGAUCAUAUCGUAUCCAAAUGACAAAUGUCAGCGAACAUUCAGUCAGUAUUUCUUUCUGUGAAUAACACCAUUACAUAUCUUCGAUUUUAAGGUCUAUUAAAAAUACAAGACAAAAACAGACAAAAAUAUAGUUUUAUUUACUUUUAACUGUCCAUUUCUUUGCUAAUGUGCAAUUUCUGACUGACAGAUGUUUUGGGGCCUGGAUACUUACAACCCUUGUAACUGUUGACUCAAGUUAAUAUUGUUGAUUUGUGCCAAAUCCUUGUACAAAUGUGAAUAAUUGUAGUUUGGUAUGUAGCUUUCAGGGAUUCAACUUUGAAUAGUUUUUUGGUAAAUUGAACACAGUCUUUCUUUCAAUGUGCUUUUUAUCACAGUAUUUACUUUGGAAUCAGUAUGAAAGUCCCAUUAUCAGAAUUCCAUAUUGAACUAAUGUGUCACCAGCCUAGGCCAUGGAAACACAACUGUUGAGGAUUUGUUUGAGGGGAUGAGUGACAAGUAUAGUGAUACAGGGAUUUUCAUUAUACAAACUCACUUGGGAUUACAUCAUAUCUUUCACGGUAGUUUCCUUUCCAAUUACAUGUAUUAGGACAAUUAUAUCUGGAUGUAGGUUAAGGUGUUGAAUCAGUACUAGUAAUGUUUGGAAGCAUUGUAAGCAGACUGGCUGAGCAAAGACUGUAAUAGUUAAGCCUCGCUGUGCAAGACGUGUGUGAAAUAUAAGAAUGUCUUCAUGUUCAGAUAGGUGAUCUUCAGUAUGAGAAUUAAAUGCUGUGUUUCAUUCAUUGAAGAUAUUGCUUGGGUACAGAUGUACCUUUCAAGUUAUAGAAUAAUCUCUUCCUUUUUUUCCCACUGAGGUGCAAAAUUCAGCAGGUGUCUGACUAGUUAUGAAUUAAUGUUUUGGACUCGGAGUGGAGGCUGGGAUUUUUGCUAGACAGAAUAUUUUUUCAGUGACCGUUUCAAUACUUUAAGUUUUAGGGGGCCAAACAAUUGAUAUUUUUUCAGGACAUCCAGUAUUUGCUGUGAACAAGUAUUUUUUUAAAACCUGAUGCAAAAUUAUUUUUUCACGUAGUUAAUUAAUCCAAAGUAUAUUCUUGGUUGAUGGCUGCUUUUUAGAUUUCACCCUACUUGAUAUCCUUAAAUAGUUUGCUUUCCGAAAUAAAGUUUGGCAUUUGAAAAACAAAACUGUGAAACAAGUCAUGAGAAUCAGUCUGUAAGGUUACGUUGUCAUAUAGGUACAGUUAUCGAACAUUAUUAUUGAACACAGUGUUAGUCAACAUUAAUAGUCUCGGUUAUUACAACUUCUUUAGGAAUUGACCCUAUCAGCAUUAGAAGUAAUUUUGCAAGAAACAAAUGGCCGGGAGUUCAUGACCUUAACAACCUUUCAUAGGACAUUCUUCUAUGCGAUGACCAACCUUGAAAAAAAGAUUUUUGGACAUUUUGUAUGACAGUCAGUCAAUGUUCUAAACAAUUAACUAAUUUGAGACCAUGCAGUUGUAAACAAUAUUGGUAUCUUGUAUUUGUGCUCCUAUCAUACAUGCAGGCAUUGUGCAAUACUGUGCUUGUCUUAUUAAUGACCCCAUUACGCAUGUUAGGUUGACGUCAAAUUCUACACUUAUUUCUCAUUGUUAUGAAAUAUUGUUCAAUUAAAAAAGGAGAUUCAGUCAUUCACAUUUUGAGAUGGCGAGUUGAAACUAUGAAGUUUCCCAAGAUCAUACACAGCUUUAUCACAAAGUAGUCCAAGGCCUCUGUAAGGAGUGCUUGAUAACGGAUACAUUUAAUGUUGCUGUAAGGUUUAGUUGAAAUUUUUGAGGAAACUGUUUUACUUCCCAUGUUAUUUGACUAAACAAUAUGUAUGCUUAUGAUACACAUGCUGGCUCAAGGCUGAACUAUCAAGAUGAUAGUUGACAAAAACUGUAGUGUGUAUAGUCGUAUUUGAACAUUAACUCAAUCAAAAUCCAGUGUCUUUAAAUUUGAUUGCUGGAUAAUAUUGAUGUAAUAUUUUCCUGUAUGAUGUAGUGUGUCUUGUCUUCCAUUGUUAUUGUCAGUCAUGCAGUAUUCAUUUAUCUGAACGGAUGUAAGCCUCUCACCUAAAUCCCAUGUACCAUGUGGAGGUUCCAGGUCUGAGGACUCAAUGCUUGCCCUAAGACCUGACUUCAAUAUCAACCAGUGAGGCUGCUUGAUGUUUCUAGGUGUGUCAUCGUAUCCUGAUGACAUGGACCAUUGCUCAUGCUUUCAGUCACUGGUUUGCCUGGUGCAGACUCCAUUAUUACAGGCUGCAAUGAUAUAGCUGGCAUGAUGCUGGCUUAGGGGGAUAAAAUAACAUUCACUCACUCACUCACUCCAUCAUGUGUGCGUGGAGGCCAUGAAGGGUGGACAGUUGAGCUGCUCAUGAGCCAUGUUAGCCUGUAUAGAACAUAUUAUUCAUCACCAAUUUACCAUGUCUAAAUUCAGUUUUAGGCUGCCAUUACACUUACAAUAUGACUCACCCACCUCAGUGCUAUCCACCAAAUUUCUUCUGUACCUAAAGCUAUAUUUCAAGACUUCAAUUGGCAUUCAAUAACUGUUAUAAGGUGUAGUUUAAGAUCGGGAAAACUAGUCUGAGGAUGCAGACAGGCUCCCAAAAAUAUGUCCUACUCCAGGCCAACCUAUAUUUUAUUUCCUAGAUUUGCCCACUCAACAUGUUAGAAAAAGAAGGGCUUUUCUUGUUUCUAAAAGCUUUUCUUCUUAAGGCCAGGUGAAGCUGUGUGAACUUGAGUUGAAAUUCUAGAGUGACAAGGUUGCAGCAGUGGUCUCAUUUUUGUCACGAUAAUCCUUACCCGGAAUGAUGAUAUUUUGAAAAAGUUCACAAUGGGUUCACAAACCAUAAUAAAUUUAGGGACGAUGGGAUUAGUGGCAGUUUUUAACAGUCUGUUGAGAGGUCAGAGGGAGAAAACAUUCAGCUGAAGGAAUAAGUUUGUGUAAUUGAUCUGGUAACCGUUGCUUUUGCUGCCAAGAUGAAAAUAAAAUUGUCCUGAUGGGCAGGAUCUGUGAUAAGAUUGGGAGUGAAUAGCGUCAGGAUGAUAGUUAAAAAUGUUGAUAUUGUUUUACUUUUGUUUGUUAUGUCCCGGCAAUUUAUAUCAAUGUUUUUCUUGAAUUGUGCAAAUAUUUCAAGAUUAUCUAGUGCAUGAUGUAUAGCUACUAACUGCUUAGUGCUAUUAGUGUAUUCCUAUGUGUUAUGUCAUUUACCAUCAAAUCAAAAUGAAGACAUGCAUUUUAAGGUCAUUUUAAUGUUUCAUUGUGAAUCAUUUUACUUUUAACAUAACAUUAAUUGUUUUCCUUCUGUAAAAGACACAUUGGGUGUUAACUGCUCAAAUGAUGUUGUCAUGAAUGAGCUUAUACCUUCCAGAUGUUUCUCAAAUUUUAACUUCAUGAUCUUUGAGGGUGAAAAAACUCUUGUCACAAGAGUAUGUGUUGUUUAAGUAUCCUCUGGCUUAUUGACUGCAGUCCUUCAGGAUCAAGAGGACACACAAAGUUGUCGUGAACUUUAAAAAUAGACAUUUGGAGUGGCCUAAAAAGGAUUUUAAUCAAACCUUUCCUUUCUUGGACAAAUCUCAAGAAAAUGUUUCAAAAUUUAGUUUGUUUUUGUUGCCAUUUGUUUUUCACAUACUACCAAUAACCUUUACCAUGGAUCUAUGGAUCAAGUAUUGAUUGCAGAAUGAUGAUUACAGUUUAUUUCACCUUAGUGCUAUGUAGUACACUGUAGACUUGACCAUUUUAACAUAGAGCAUUGUAUUAUACAUUGUAAGGUUUUAUGAGGUACUUCUCAAUUUUAAAUAUCACAAAUACUGUACCAUAACAAUAUUCAUAUGACCUAAUGGAAUGGCUUUUCAUCUGUAAUGUGAAUCGUCAUCCUUUGGGUUUUUGUAAUAUAACACCUUUGACACGGCCCAUGUGAUGCUGAAGGUGUGCAUGGAUGAUCAAAUGGUGGUACUUACAAGAGCUUCGAAAUCCAGUGUUUUAACACUUGCAUCACCUGUAUUUUAGUUCAGUUUGUUUGUUCCGUAUGAUGCUACUCCCAGAUAAACGCUGGUGAGCUUCAGAGGUAUGGUUGUAUCUUUCUGUAUGCACAAGAUUUGCUAAACACUUCUGUUUACAUGGUAGAUCAUCUUAGAACCCUAUUAUGGCAUGACUUUAGACUUUGAUGGCGUUAUGCUGCCCGGGUAGGCACCAAGUAGUGCACACACAGCAAUGUCCCAUCCAGAAGCUGCUGUGGCUGUACGGGCACUGUACAUAGACUAGUUGUCAUCUCAUGCAUGUACUGCAAACAAUGCUCUCAACACAUCUGUCAUUUGGAAUAAACAAGUGUUUUAUAGA